GGUGAAGUGAGGGCGGGCCCAGGGCCUGAGGCGGGCCGGGCCGGGAGGGGGCGGGAAGGGGAGGGGAGGAAGAUGGCGGCGCCCACCGAGUGGCCCAGUUGCCAGGACUUCUCCGAGUUCCAGGAAGUAUUGCGGUUGAUGCGACAAAUUGAUGAUAGGAUAAUCCAUGAAUUAAAUACCAGUCUCCCCACAGAAUCCUUUGCUGGGAAGAUUGACGCAAGUGCAAGGUGCAAAGAGCUUUACCUUUCUUUGAAGGAAGCUCACACAAGUAGGGAUAAGGCCAUCAAGACCUGCAUAAACCAGUCCUCCAGUGCGGUGAACAGAUUACGAGAGGAGAGAAAUAAAGACAAGGAUAACUUAACGCUAAUAAAACAACUUCGAAAAGAACAGACUAACUUGAAACUAAUGCAGUCCGAAUUAAAUGUUGAAGAGGUUAUUAAUGACAGAAGUUGGAAGGUCUUCAGGGAUCGCUGCAGAAUUCAUUACAAACCUGAAACCGAUCUGUGAACCUGAAGAGUUGAAUAUUGGUCAGACUUCCAGACUGUGUCUUGAAAAGAAGGAAUCAAAUGAGAGUUACUCAGGUGCAAGCAGAGUGGACCAUUACAGGGACCGCUUCUAGGUUUAAGCCAAGACUUUUGUUAAGAUGGGCCUUUUAUCAUUGGGAGACAACACUAGUUCCAGUAAUCACUUAAAACAGCCCGUAAAAAUUGGGUCUUUUUUCAAUCCAAUUUGUUUUGAAUAUCAUGAGAUUUUUGCUUUUUUUUGUUAAUAGUCACAUAAUGGAACUGUACUGUUAUUGCUAAGGAAAGUCUGUUUUUUAAAUCACAUUUCCUUGAUUGUUUUUUUCCGUUCUCUUGUUACAAUUCCUAGACCGUGGCUCUACUGGUGUUUUUCAACUUAUAAAUUGUCUAAUCUGAGCUUUAAUUUGUGAGCGAAAUAAACAAUUUCAUACUAAAUAGUAGAUAGCAGUUUUUAAAAAUAAAGAGUCUGAUGAAUAAUAUAAUUUCCUGUACAAACAGUUAAUUGUAUUGGUAAUUUGAUGUGAAUUAUUCCUUCAGAUCUCCCACACAACCCUGGGAUGUUCAGUUGGGUUAGUUACUGAAAUAAAUCAUGAUGAUUAUUUUGUAUCAUGCAAUUUGUAACAUUUCUGUAAACUCAUAUCAGACAUUAGACUUUCAUAGAUCAUCUCUGCCUGUGGCAUUUUGGUAACAAUUGUAAAUACAUUUUAACUAUAAACUUCAUUAAAUUAGAAACCUUUGCUCAGGCUAGUUUUGUGGAUUUUGUCUGAGACAUUCUGUAUCCACUUUUUGAAUGAAAGUAUCAAUUUUGGUGUAAUUUCUUUUAAGAAAUGCAAUCUUCGAUGGUACUCUGCUUUCCUAUGCAAGAGGGUGGAGAGAGUCGUUCUAUGACAUUCCUAUCAUUUAGCUCUCUCACAAACUUAAUGACAGGGAAAUGUGAUUGAAUAUUGACAAGAUUUCAGGGUUUUCCUACCAAAGCAUCGUUAGCAUGUUCAGCAAUCCCCAAAUGUUAAAGUAUUUAUGUGGCCUUUGUUAUUCCUGGCUUCUACCUUGUGUCCAUCACUAUGAUCUGCUUAAAUAUGUUGUGUCAAUUUUCUCCACUAUAGGGAAACCUGGGGGUGGGGGUAAAGUAUUUCUUUGCAUUUUAUUAUGCUGCACACAUGUAUCCAGAAGCUCCUUCUAAUAGAUACUGCCCUGCAGAUUGUGUUAUACGCAAGGUAAAGGUGUACACCAAAAAAAUUAUUGAUACUGCCUGUAUCUCAGUGUUCAUCUGUAAAUAGAUUUGACUGUAACCCAGUUGUCAAGAAUUCCAUUCGCUUUAUUAAACUUGAAAACGAGACAGCUUUACAAUCUCAAAUGUUUUGUUCAUGUAUUGAAAAAGUUGAUAUUUUGCGAUGUACACACUGGAGAUUCUGUUCUCAAACCACCGUGGAACAACAUUUUGUCUGGAACUUUUGCCAUAUUUUGUUCUAAUCAUUUGGUGCUUUUAAGUUUGUGCAAAUGUAGAUACAAUGCAAAAUGUACUCCCCACAAGAUGGACCUGACCCUCAUUAAAAGACAUCCACAGAA